GUCACAUGAGCCGCGCGCCCGCUUCGCUCCCCCUCCUCCCCGGCUGGGCUGUGUGAAUGAAGCUCUGCCGGCUACGUGGGGCGCGCACUCAACUUGGUGUCCUGGACGCCAGAGCCGACCGAGCGCGCUGCCCACCGGCGGCGGACACGGGCUCCGCCGCUCCUGACCUCGGCGACAGAGCAAAUCAGUUGCCCGGAGUUCCAAGCGAAGUUGUACCUGUGCCCGUGCGAUAACGUCAGUGGAAGCUGCCCAGAGUAAGUGAGGGAAAUCUAGAAGUUUGGAGCAUAAAAAACCAGCACGAAUCCACUUUACAUAAACUUCAUACAUUUAUUAGCAACUGCUCGGGUUUAACUUCAGAGAUGUUAAAUUUCGCCUAGUCCCACGGGACGACGAUCAUUACUUCUUAACUGCACGCGAAAUAGGAGAAGAAAAAAGGCAAAUCAAAACAGACUGUCCCAGGUCUCAGAUAAGUCAUCGGAGCGCUUUUUCCUGCUGAAUUCACCCUAGGAGUUUGUUUGGGGCUUUAGUCCCUUGCAGAAAACAGGGCCACAGAGCUGCCUUUCUGUCAAGUCUCCCUACAAAACUGAGAGGCUCUGGGAAACUCAGCCUGUGACCCCAGCGUGGGUGAAGAUAGGAUCGAGAUGGCCAUGUGGCAGGGUGCCAUGGAUAACAGAGGCUUUCAGCAGGGGAGUUUUAGUAGCUUCCAGAACAGCUCCAGUGAUGAAGACUUGAUGGACAUUCCAGCGACCACUAUGGAUUUCUCCAUGAGAGAUGAUGUUCCUCCCUUAGACCGAGAAGUAGGAGAGGACAAGUCGUACAAUGGUGGAGGAAUAGGUUCUUCAAAUAGGAUCAUGGACUUCUUGGAGGAGCCAAUCCCUGGUGUAGGGACCUAUGAUGAUUUCAAUACAAUUGAUUGGGUGAGAGAGAAGUCUCGAGACCGGGAUAGGCACCGAGAGAUUACCAAUAAAAGCAAAGAGUCAACAUGGGCCUUAAUUCACAGUGUGAGUGAUGCUUUUUCCGGCUGGUUGUUGAUGCUCCUUAUUGGGCUUUUAUCAGGUUCGUUAGCUGGUUUGAUAGACAUCUCUGCUCACUGGAUGACAGACUUAAAAGAAGGUAUAUGCACAGGGGGAUUCUGGUUUAACCAUGAACAUUGUUGCUGGAACUCUGAGCAUGUCACCUUUGAAGAGAGAGACAAAUGUCCAGAGUGGAAUAGUUGGUCCCAGCUUAUCAUCAGCACAGAUGAGGGAGCCUUUGCCUACAUAGUCAAUUAUUUCAUGUACGUCCUCUGGGCUCUCCUAUUUGCCUUCCUUGCCGUAUCUCUUGUCAAGGUGUUUGCGCCUUAUGCCUGUGGCUCUGGAAUCCCUGAGAUAAAAACUAUCUUGAGUGGUUUCAUUAUUAGGGGCUAUUUGGGUAAGUGGACUCUGGUUAUCAAAACCAUCACCUUGGUGCUGGCAGUGUCGUCUGGCUUGAGCCUGGGCAAAGAGGGCCCUCUAGUGCACGUGGCUUGCUGCUGUGGGAACAUCCUGUGCCACUGCUUCAACAAAUACAGGAAGAAUGAAGCCAAGCGCAGAGAGGUCUUGUCGGCUGCAGCAGCAGCUGGUGUAUCUGUAGCCUUUGGAGCACCUAUAGGUGGAGUAUUAUUCAGCCUUGAAGAGGUCAGCUACUAUUUUCCCCUCAAAACAUUGUGGCGUUCAUUCUUUGCUGCCUUGGUGGCAGCAUUCACUCUACGCUCCAUCAAUCCAUUUGGGAACAGCCGCCUGGUACUAUUUUAUGUGGAGUUCCACACCCCAUGGCAUCUCUUUGAGCUCGUGCCAUUCAUUUUGCUGGGCAUAUUUGGUGGUCUGUGGGGAGCGCUGUUUAUCCGCACAAACAUUGCCUGGUGUCGGAAGCGAAAGACCACCCAGUUGGGCAAGUAUCCUGUCAUAGAGGUACUCGUCGUGACAGCCAUCACUGCCAUCCUGGCUUUCCCCAAUGAAUACACUCGGAUGAGCACAAGUGAGCUCAUUUCUGAGCUGUUUAAUGACUGUGGCCUUCUGGACUCCUCCAAGCUCUGUGAUUACGAGAACCGUUUCAACACAAGCAAGGGGGGUGAACUGCCUGACAGACCGGCUGGCGUGGGAGUCUACAGUGCAAUGUGGCAGCUGGCUUUAACACUCAUACUGAAAAUUGUCAUUACUGUAUUCACCUUUGGCAUGAAGAUCCCUUCUGGCCUCUUUAUCCCUAGCAUGGCUGUUGGUGCUAUAGCAGGUCGACUUCUAGGAGUAGGAAUGGAACAACUGGCUUAUUACCACCAGGAAUGGACUGUCUUCAAUAGCUGGUGUAGUCAGGGAGCUGAUUGCAUCACUCCCGGCCUUUAUGCAAUGGUUGGGGCUGCAGCCUGCUUAGGUGGGGUGACUCGGAUGACUGUUUCUCUUGUUGUCAUAAUGUUUGAACUGACUGGUGGCUUAGAAUACAUCGUGCCUCUGAUGGCUGCAGCCAUGACAAGCAAGUGGGUGGCAGAUGCUCUUGGGCGGGAGGGCAUCUAUGAUGCCCACAUCCGUCUCAAUGGAUACCCCUUUCUUGAAGCCAAAGAAGAGUUUGCUCAUAAGACCCUGGCAAUGGAUGUGAUGAAACCCCGGAGAAAUGAUCCUUUGUUGACUGUCCUUACUCAGGACAGUAUGACUGUGGAAGAUGUAGAGACCAUAAUCAGUGAAACCACUUACAGUGGCUUCCCAGUGGUGGUAUCCCGGGAGUCCCAAAGACUUGUGGGCUUUGUCCUCCGAAGAGAUCUCAUUAUUUCAAUUGAAAAUGCUCGAAAGAAACAGGAUGGGGUUGUUAGCACUUCCAUCAUUUAUUUCACGGAGCAUUCUCCUCCAUUGCCACCAUACACUCCACCCACUCUAAAGCUUCGGAACAUCCUCGAUCUCAGCCCCUUCACUGUGACUGACCUUACACCCAUGGAGAUCGUAGUGGAUAUUUUCCGAAAGCUGGGACUGCGGCAGUGCCUGGUUACACACAACGGGCGAUUGCUUGGAAUCAUUACCAAAAAGGAUGUGUUAAAGCAUAUAGCACAGAUGGCGAACCAAGAUCCUGAUUCCAUUCUCUUCAACUAGAAUCAUAGAGUUCUGGAUGUAAAGCGGGAAGGACAUUACAGACCAUGGAUAUGUUUUAUUAACUGGGUACCCAAAACACAUUUUCCAUAUUUGGAUGGUGAAGUCACAUUAGUGUGUUGUCUCUUUCCUACAAGUUAACCAGUUGCACUACAUAAUCUCUGGAAAUUAAUUUUCUCUUUAGGAGAAAUUACAGUUAGGCUUCCGUGAUGUUACAUUAGGAAGAUUUCAUGAAAGAAUAAAUAAGAUUGCUAUGGUUUAAUUAUAUUUGUUUUUUAAAAGAUUUUUUUAACUUAAAAAGUAGUUAGCCAAUAUGCAAUCACUGAAAACUAUGCAAGAAAAAUUCCAACCGUCCUGACCUAUAACCUGUAGGAAACUGACAAAAAAGUCACUCUUUUGGUAUCGAACUGUUGUUACUGGAAGACGAAGUGUAAACUAAGGGGCUUUGCUUUUCAAACCAGAGAAAGGAAAGCCAGAAGGAAAAGAGUAAUGGUAUUUGCUAGACUGUGAAGAUUCAGUUCAAAUGUUAUCCUUGUUCCUGUUACAAUACUUAGCAUUAUUAGUUUGUUAUGUGUGUAUGUUUAUGUUAAUUUUAAUUUCUGAUUAUAAGACAAUGCUGCUUUGGUUAAUCUCUUCUAAAUGAAUUUA